AUGGAGGCGGACAGAUCCGGCGGAGGACCAAACCAGAACUCCGGAGGCGGCGGCAGCGGAGCGGGGCGCAACCCAAAUGGGCCCAAAGCAGCACCGGGCCAGGCGACAUCAGCUGCGGCGACCGGGGCGAUGGCUGCAGCUGCUGCAGCGGCGGCGGCGGCGGUCGGGGCCAUGCCCGGAUCGUCUCAGUCUCGGGAUCCGCAGGACGGGGACUCGGGUAUGACGCUUCCUGGGAUCCUCCACUUCAUCCAGUACGAGUGGGGACGAUUCCAGGCCGAGAAAUACCGCUGGGAGGCGGAGAGAGACGAACUCAGGGCUCAGGUGGCAUUCCUACAGGGUGAAAGGAAAGGGCAGGAGAAUAUGAAACAGGACCUGGUAAGACGGAUCAAAAUGCUAGAGUACGCCCUCAAACAAGAGAGGGCUAAACACCAGAAACUGAAGACAGGAAAUGAUCAGAGUCCUACAGACAAGAAACCAGAGACAGAGGCAGACCAGCUCCCUAAUGGGCCUGCUGAGUCGGACUCAGAGCCAGCCAAUCAGAUGUCCUGGAAAGAAGGACGUCAGUUACUGCGCAAAUAUCUUGAGGAAGUGGGUUAUUCAGACACUAUUCUGGACAUGCGAUCCAAGCGUGUGCGCUCCCUACUUGGGCGGAGCAGUCCAGAAGCUAACGGACCUCCACCCAGUGAAGCUUGUUCCGAACCUGAGCCUCGAGCAGGAGGAGAGUCACUGUUGGUCAGACAGAUUGAAGAACAGAUCAAGAGGAAUGCGGGCAAAGAAAGCUCUAAGGAGCGUUUGGGUGGCUCUGUGCUCGAUAAAAUUCCCUUUCUGCACGGCUGUGAGGAUGAUGAUGAAGAUGACAGUGACGAGGAAGAUGACUUCCAAGGUAUGGCCACUGACUGCAUUGACGGGCCGCGAAAGAACAAGAAGUCUCGCGUAAAGAUGGGGUCAGAGCCCAUGACCACAGACCUAGACCCAGAGGAUGAGGAGGAUGAAGAUGACUCAGAAGAUGCCCAAAGUGAAUUUGACUUCCUGGGCUCGGGGGAGGAUGGGGAGGGGGCGGGAGAGGCCCGGAUCUCGGGGGACGGACGGGAGCUAGAGAACCGCAGGAACAAGUUGCAAGGCAUGAUGUCGGACUUCCCCCCUAAACCUACCCCACCCCCCUCUGUGUCGGGACAGGCUCGCACCGGGGAAGGUGGUGCCCUGGGUUUCUCCUCUGACGUCUUCAUUAUGGAUGCGGUUGGAGGAGGCGACAUGAACCUUGGUGAACUGGCUGACCUCACUGUUGCCAAUGACAACGAUCUCUCCAUGGAUAUGCAGGAUAACAGAGAAGAGUUUAAAAAGACAUGGAACCCUCGCUUCACACUACGCAGCCACUUUGACGCCAUCCGCGCUUUGACCUUUCACCCUAGCCAAGCAGUCCUGCUCACAGCCUCUGAGGAUGGAACUCUAAAACUGUGGAACCUCAACAAGGCAAUGCACUCUAAAAAGAAUGCAGCAUUGGAUGUAGAACCCAUCUACACAUUUAGAGCGCACAGUGGUGCCGUUCUGUCACUAACCAUGGGUGAGGAUGGAGACUCUUGCUAUAGCGGAGGUCUGGAUGGAACCGUUAGGUGCUGGAAGAUGCCAGACCUUAAUGUGGAUCCUUAUGACAACUAUGAUCCCGGCAUCGAGAGCAGUGUGCUGGCAGGUCAUGAGGAUAGUGUGUGGGGUCUCACUUACUCUGCAGUCCACCAUCGUUUGGCCUCAUGUUCAGCUGAUGGCACCAUUCGCAUCUGGGACCCUCAGAACUCUGCACCAUGCCUGUCUGUCUUCAAUAAGGAGAGAGAACAUGGUACGCCCACCUCUGUGGCCUUUGUGGCCUCUGACCCCAACCAAGUAGUUGUGUCAUUUGAUGUUGGUGAGACAUUGAUCUAUGACCUCAACACAGAGCAGAGUGUCACUGCCCUAGAGACACAGACCAAAGAUGGCAGUGAACUGAUCAACCGUGUGGUCAGUCACCCAUCUGAACCUGUCUCCAUCACUGCGCAUGAGAACCGCACCAUCCGCUUCGUAGACAACAAGACAGGGAAAGUUGUGCACUCAAUGGUGGCUCACCUGGAUGCAGUUACCUGUCUUACAACAGACCCUAAAGGCACUUACCUCAUCUCAGGCAGCCACGACUGCUCGGUGCGCCUGUGGAUGCUUGACAACAGGACGUGCGUGCAGGAGAUCACGGCCCACAGGAAGAAACACGAUGAGGCCAUUCAUGAUGUGGCCUUCCACUCUUCCCAGCCCUUCAUCGCUAGCGCCGGCGCAGAUGCACUUGCCAAGAUCUUUGUCUGACAGCACUGUCGUUAUUCUGUCCUAGAACUACAUCUGGUCCAAAAGAGACUGAAGACUACAGUGGACUAGUUUCACCUGCUUACACUCACACACAUGUACACUUGUCCUGCACCCCACUGGCUGGGCCAUCGCCACAGGACGUCACCUUCCCACAAUUGCUCACCAUUUUAUGAUGCCUCAGUGACUUCUUGUAAUACUAAUCAUCCUGCUUUUUUAUAACUUUAAGAUCCUGGCUGCUCUGUUUUCCAAUAACAAUGUUUGGAGUAACACUUUUUUACACUACAUAAAAUUCUGUUCUGCUUUUUUCAGUCUGCUAACGGUUACUAUGAAGCACUGUGCGUGUGUAUGCGCGCGUGUGUGUGUGCACUCGUUUGUGUGGUUGAAUAGCUUACACACUAAUCACAUUUUACACAGAACCACGAAUGACACAUGCACAAAUGCACCGACACAUUUAGUUUGAAAGCUUUUUUAACAGUUACAUUUUUUGUGGCUAAAAUACAUACAGUAUGUAGACAUGACUAAAUACAGUAAAUAGCUCCCAGUGCUGCCAGAAAACAUCUGACUCAACUAUACGCUGGGAUCCAAUGUAUUACAUUCCAAAGACUCCUGGAAGAAUGUGUGCGGUGUCAUAUUUGGGGUUGGAGAAUGUUUAACUUAGUCGUGUAAAAGGAGACACUAGACAGUCGCAAACCAGUGUUGGACAAUAGCUUUAAUUUCAACUUCAAUCGCCAAGACACCAAGUUUCAUUGUAUGUGCGAGUGUUAUAUAGUGUCCCCGUGAUUCUGUCUCCUCGCAUGUGUGCUGGUUGAGUUAAAAGUCACUCUGCUGUACAAGACGAAUGAAAGUAUUUCCACAGUGGAGGAAAUAUUAUCAACAAUAAGAUCCAUUUUUGCAGAUGUACAGUUUGGACUCUGCAGACGGAUGCUCUCUGACUACAUUUACCAGCUACAGACAGAUAUGAGAGCAGUUUCAGCCUGUAGAUUAGAAGGGUGUAAGACAACUCUGUAUACACUCAGCAAAUGACGCAGAUUGCAUCAUUUGGUGCUUUUUACUGUACAGAAGAGUGUGUGUGUAUGUAUGUUUGUAUAUGCACUAGUUAAAUCACGGUGCUAUGAAAGACCUUGUUAAUCUUGAGUCAGAAUCAGGGACCUGUUUUGUGUGUGUGUGUGUGUGUGUGUGUGUGUAAAGAAAGACUGUUUCUCACUCAUUGGGCUAAACAUCUACAUCUGUGACAUUUCAUACUUUUAAAUGACAUUUCAUUGUUGAAUCAUUUCAUGAACUUGUAUUAAGAUACUGUGUGGUCACUUUUCAGGAUUAGCAAUGUUGGGGUUUCUCAUUAGAUGGAUGUGGAUGUCAGCCUUUAUCAUUUCAGGCUUGGUUUGUGUGGGAGUGUACAGAUCAGAUGAUAAUUCUGUUACAACGAGGAGCAUAUGGACUGAAAUGGUUUCCUCAGAUAAGAUCUUUUUCAUUUCAGAUGAAAAGUUGGAUCCAGUUUUGUAGGUUGGGUUUGGUUCUUGCUUGAUGUUAUUUAUUCAGGCAUUUUAAAAAAGGACGGUAAAAAAGUAUCUUUCAUCACCUUAAUCCAUGUGUUAAGUUUACCACAUUAACCUGAGAGCCAACGUCUGAAGCUGGACUCCUGGAUCUGAGGAGGCAUGCUGGGAGAAAUGGCUCCAGGGAAAAAAAAAAAGAGAGUAAAGUCCAUCUUAAUUUCAGAUACUUUUCUUAUUUCAAAAAAAGAAGAAGAAAAGAUAUGUUGGCUUCAGCUAACGUUAGUAACAUGGGAAAGAGGUGACAUGACUCAGCGCUUGAAUCGGCCAGCUGCUAUAUAUCAACGUUAACCCAGAGGAAAUUUAGAUGUUUCAAGUGGAAACAUUGCUCCUUUGAGAAGAGGGUGAUAAAUCAGGGACAUUUAAAAUAAAUUCCCCUUUCUUACAGUGAUCACUGCAGGGCACGUUUGUUGAAUCCCUGCUAAAAGCUGUUAGAAUUAUAUUGUAAAAUGCUGAUAAAAUCUUGUUAAAUGAGUAGGAUCCCUUCAUACAAAGAGAGAUGAAAGAGUCACAUCAGUCAGAUCUAAAUGCUGAUUGUAGCCUGAAGGAAAACAUUCCUCUCCUAAUCGCUGGGGUCAAAGUUUUCCUUAAUGUGUCUGAAAUUAGAGUAGAUAGUAGUUAUUCAGCUGGACAUGUUUUAAAAAUGAAAGAAAAUAACUGGGUGCAACUAUAUUAUUGUACUGCUGCUGGGCAUAAUGUCCCGUGAACACUUUUAACUACUAUCUGGGUCUGCAUUGCACUACAUCUAAUACUGAAUGAGCUGAAGUGGUUAUAAACAGGGUGCAGAAAUCCAAUCUGGAGUUAAUACUACAAGGAUGGGGCAUGCUGUUAUUUGUUAGUGAGAGUUACUGAUAGCCAACUGUUGUUGAUGCUGAUGUUUUUUUCACUCUGAGUUACUUUGUCCCGUCUCUGAAAAUAUAGACAAAUCAGUGCGACACAUGAAAAAGAAAAAGAAAUUGAAACAGAGGUUGUAAAUGAUGACUCAAGAUGCCAUUACAUGCUGUAAAUGUCCAUCAUUUCCUUGUUUUCUUUCUUGCAUUUCUUUUCUUUGAUUAUGGAUAUGAUUAAUAAGAUGUAAGAAUACUGUAGUAUCAUAAGUGAAUCAUUCUUCCUUGCUAGGCAUAGAAAUUACUUGUGAUUGAUAAUGGCAAUGUAUAACUUGUAAAAAAGUAAAAUCAUUAAAAAACAUGAAAAAUUCUGAAAAUAAGUUUAAAAAAAGUAUGUUACCAGUCAGAGGCCAAGGUAAAGGACUCUUGUUUCUUUGUGUUUUUAUUUUUUUAAUAGCAAUUUAUCACUGUGUGAUAUUUUGUACAUCAUAUUAAGCUGUAUUCAAACUAUUUCCUCUAACUACAAGGGAUAAGAGACCUGCUUUUUAUUAAUUUUGUUUUAUUAUAUAUUUUUGAACUGCAGUUUAGCUUGUAUCAAAUGACUUUCUCUUUUUGUUUACGGGUCCCCUGUUGUAUGUCAUUAAGGAAGAAAAAAUGAAGAUUUUGUACAGUGAA